AUGGCGCUGCUCGAAGGCAAUGCACUGCUCUACUCCGUCUCCUUGCUCGCGUGCUUGGGCUUCUUGCUCAUUGGAUUCGACAAUGGACUCAUGGGCGGACUGGUUAACGGCGAAGCAUUCGACAAUACCUUUCACAUCAACCCAAAGUCGAAGAGCGGAGCCAAUCUCAUUGGCUUGAUUGUGUCAAUCUACGAGAUAGGCUGCUUCAUUGGUGCUGUGACUACUGCUUUCGUUGGAGAACGUCUUGGGAGACGGCGUAGCAUCUUUGCUGGAACGGUAGUCAUGAUUAUCGGCGCCGUACUACAAGCGACCUCCUACUCGGUCGCACAGAUGAUAGUGGCACGCAUUGUCGCCGGCAUUGGGAUGGGCUUCAUCAACUCUACAGUCCCAGUCAUGAUGGCAGAAUUCGCCCCAAAGGCAACCCGCGGCAUAUACGUCUGCGCCCAGCUGUCCACACUAAACUUCGGCAUCAUGAUGGUCUACUGGAUCGACUAUGGAUUCGGCCAAGGAACAGGGGCCGGACAACCUUACUCAUGGCGUGUGCCAGUUAUCCUCCAAUGCAUUUUCCUGAUACCUAUGCUGAUCAUCAUCGCCCUCAUCCCGGAGACGCCGCGUUGGUUGACAUCUCAUGGCCGUGAAGAGGAGGCAUUAGAGGUCCUACGGAGACUCAACAGGAAGAAGAUGAGCGAUGCAGCCAUCAUCCGGAUUGUCGACGACAUUCGUAAUGUGGCAGCGUACGAAGCCUCCAUCGACAGUGGGAAAUGGAGCGAUCUUCUCCGCAAUGACAGCAUCCAGUCUCAGAAACGCUUCCUGAUUGCUUGCUCCAUCCAAGCUUUCCAGCAACUGGGAGGCAUCAACGCUCUUGUCUACUACUCCAACACCCUUUUCCAGCAAUCUGUCGGCUUCACCCCUCAAUUCUCGGCACUCAUGUCUGGCAUCUUGAAUACCUGGUUCUUCGUCGCUAGUUUCAUCCCUUGGUUCCUGAUCGAUCGUAUCGGCCGGCGACCACUCCUGCUGAGCAUGGUCAGCCUCAUGGCUGGCGUCAUGGCUGUUCAGACUGGCUUGAUCUACAGCGUCCAGAACAAUUUGCCCAACCAGCAUGCUUGUGGUGCCGCCGCCGCGGCUAUGCUCUUCAUCUUCCAGGGUGCCUUCACCGUUGGUUUCCAGGCCACUGUCUGGGUGUAUCCAUCUGAAAUUCUGCCUCUGAAGCUGAGGCAGAGAGGUAGCUCCAUAAGCACUGCUUGCAACUGGAUCAUGAACUUCAUGAUCGUUUAUAUUACACCUCCAGCAAUUCAGAACAUUGGCUAUAAGACCUACAUCAUCUUCGCCGUGCUUAAUGCUACAUGGGUGCCCAUCAUGUAUUUCUACUACCCGGAGACGAAGGGCCUUGCGCUCGAAGAUGUCGACAGACUGUUCGCAAAGAACGGCGAGAUGCAGGAACACCUCGCUUAUCACGACGACAAGCUGGGCGAUGUCGAGAACAGGGUCGAGGGAGAUGAGAAGACUAUGCGUGUGCAGUAA